AUGGACGAACCGCAGACUUCCCUCGAAGCAGAGAAGGCUUUCAGUAUCCUGCCAAUGUCAGGUGUGCUGCAGCCAGGUGAGAGCCAGCAGGUCUCCUUCACCUUCUCUGGCCACCUCAACACCAUCUCUGAUGUCACGGCGCUGUGCCACGUGGAGGGAGGCCCCACCUACGAGGUGCUGGUGACCGGGGAGAUCUCACGUGUCCGCUACUCCGUGAGGCCCCAGGAGAUCAACUGUGGCUUACAGAUAUUUAAUGAAAUUCAUCACAGCGAUGUCACCCUGGUGAACAGUGGCAAGAUUGAAUUCAACUGGGUGCUAAAGCCUAGCCCUGCAGACAAGCAUCUGCCUGGUGUGUUUCUGGUCAACCCCACCACUGGUUCCCUUGCACCUGGCAAGAAGCGAGUGCUGAAAUUCUCUUACAUGCCAGGAUUACCAGGAGCCUUCAGCAGGACUUAUCAGCUUAAAGUGGGUGACCAGCAACCAGAAAAUAUCUGCCUGAAAGGAGAAGCAUCCUUUCCCAUGAUCAGUCUGGACCUGCCCUGGAUCAUCAGAGGAAAUGAAAAAUAUGAGAAGAUACUGAAACAGCUCAUAAAACCCCUGCAACAAGACAAUCAGAGGAAUAAGUCAGUUAUUCUGAAGAAGCCUCAGAGCCUGAAGACCAAGAUCUUGAAGUCUCAGACCCCGACAACUCAGACCUUGAAGACUCAGAACCCAAAGAGUCAGGACCUGCAGCCCAGCGUGCUUGCCUCUGGCACUGUAUCAGACACUCAGCUGCAGAUAAAGAUGAUGAGGAUGCUGAUGGAGAAGGCUGCUCUGGAGCUGCAGCAAAAGCUCACAUCCCAUCCCCUGAAGAGCAGGUUCCCUGACAAGCAGCUGUGCCAGAGUCUUGCCAAAGUUGAGCUGCCCCAGUAUGUCCUGGACAUGGGCCCUGUCCUUAGGGGUUACACUGAGACACGCUCUCUGAAGAUCACCAACCCUGGGCAGAUCCAUGUGUCCUUCAAGGUCGAUGUAUCUGUCCUGCAGGACACAGGUUUCAGCGUGGGCCUGGACCAGAUGAUUUGCCUGCCCCCCAACAACAGCGUGGACUUUGACGUGCGCUUUGAAAGUGCCAACAAGCCUUAUGGUGACGUGGAAGUGCUGCUGCCCAUAGAGGUGACAGAAGGCCCUAUGUACAGCAUCCGCAUCCGUGCCACUGUGUCUGAAGUGUCACUCACCCUCACCAAGAACAGACUGCAGUUCUCUGACAUCCCUGUUGGGCAGUGCCAGGUUGAGACCAUCCAACUCUACAACCGGUUCCCAGAAUCCUGCAAAUGGUUCAUUGCUUCCAACAAGCCUGCUCUGAAGAAUAGUCACCUCAAAUUCAUGACACCAGCCGUACGUCAGAAGCUGCAGGUGCUGGUGGAUGAGCCCUGUCCCUUUGACGUGACGCCCUCCAAAGGAACCCUUGAUCCAGGAAAGUGGCAGGAUCUGCAAAUCCAGUUUACACCCGAGGAGGAGAGGUCUUACAAGAAUGAGCUGGAGUUUAUCAUUUGUGGGAGCAGCAAUCGCUUAAAGCUGCACCUCUCAGGAAAAGGUCUGGAGCCACGGUUGGAGUUCAGACCCCCAGCACUAAAGAUGGGAGGGAUGCUGGUGGACAGCAAUGGGGUGGAGGCCACAGUGGUGGUGAAGAACCCAUGCAACUUCCCCACUGAGUCUCACUCACUGGAUUUUGAUGAGCAGUACCUUGAGGAGGAGAAGAUCCUGCAGAUGUCACUAAGGUCUGAGUACCAAAAGAGCUUUUUUAUGCCUCCACGUGCCAUGGGUGAGACACUGCCUCCAGAGGUGCUGCAGGACCACGAAGCACACAGGAGGCCAAAGGCUCAACAGGCAGAGCUCAAGCCCAUGGCAGAAGCCAAGGCCAGGGCUGAGGCCAAGGCCAUGGGCAAGGCAGCAGCAGAACUGCAGCGAGAGAAAGCUCUGCAGAGGAAAGCAGAAUGUAUCUUACAAAUGGAUGAGGAUGAGUAUGAUGCCCUCCCUAAGGAGAAGAAAGCAGAAGUGGAUAAAAUAAUACUGGAAAGGAAGCGCAUACGGAGGGAAAAGGAGCUGAAGCGGCUGGCUCAAAAGCAGAAGGGGAAAACCAAACCCCCAGAGAAGAAGGAAACCAAGGCUCCAGAGGGGAAGGAAACCAAGGCUCCAGAGAGGAAGGAAACCAUGAUCCCAGAGAAGAAAAACAAACCUCCAGAAAAGAAGGAAACCAAACCCCCAGAGAAGAAGGAGAUGAAAAUCCUAAAGAAGGCAACCGAACCCCCAGAGAAGAAAAACAAACCUCCAGAAAAGGAAACUAAAUCCCCAGAGAGAAAGGCAACCAAAAUCCCAGAGAAGGAAACCAAAGCUCCAAAGAAGGGGGAAGCAAAAGCCCCAGAGAAGGGGGAACCCAAAACCUCAAAGAAGGAUGAAACCAAAGCCCCAGAGAAGGGGGGAACCAAAGCCCAAAAGAAGGGGAGAACCAAAGCCCCAAAGAAGGGAGAAACUGAAAUCCCAGAGGACGCAGCUGAGAUGGAGAACUUGAUCCAGAGGUUUCAGAUCUAUGAGUCAUUGCAGCAGAAUUUCUCCUACUGGAACAGAGUUCAGGGUACUGUGCAGAUACCUGUGAUCCAAAAGGGAAACAAGUUCCAGCAUGCAGCUGGAAACAAAGGUCAGAAGACCAAUAAGCCUCAGGAGAAGCUGACUCCCUCUGCGUUCCAGAAGGAGAUGUCUCUGAGCACCAAGCAGAGGCUGGCCAGAGCUAAGAAGCUGAGGCUGCCUCAGGCUGUCCAGCCUCAAGACAAGCCUGGGACCUCCCAUCACAAGUUCUCAGCAGCUGACCCAGAGCAGAGCUCAAUUCAGCCUUGCCCACCAGAGGUGGUGUUCCAGAACUACAGCCCCAAUGAGGUCUGUGAAGUGCCGCUGGUUCUGAGGAACAGGGACAAGGUUCCUCACUUGGUGAAGGUCACCAUGAAGAGCUCACCUUAUUUCCAGCUGGUGGGCCCCAAUGACGCGUGCCGCAAGGUGCCACCGGGCCUCUACAUGACUGUCCACAUCCUCUUCACCCCUGGGCAGAAAAAGGAUUAUUCCUAUGAGCUCACCUGCACCACUGAAAGGGAAGAGUUCAUUGUGCCAAUCCGGGCCAUUGGUCCCCGAGCCAUCCUGGACUUCCCUGCCCAGGUGGACUUCUCCGAGUGUCCGGUCAAGCACAGCACCCAGAAGACUCUGCUGGUUCGCAAUGUCGGUAACCGGACAGCUCAUUACCAGCUGAGCACCCAGAGCCCUUUCUCUGUCAUUCCGACCACGGGAGCUCUGGAUGUUGGUGACGCUGUGCAGGUGGCAGUGGAAUUUCAGCCACUGAAGACUGGUGACCAUUCCGGGUUCCUUGUUGUGCACUACGACACAGGUGAAGACACCCACACAAGCCUUCAUGGAAGAGCUGUGGAGGCCCCAAUCGGGCUGGACAGGAACACUGUGACCCUGGAGAAGACGUACAUCAGCAUGUCAAACAGCGCAACUGUGCUCAUCCACAACCGCAGUGAUAUCACAGCCCGCUUCCAGUGGAAGGCUGUUGCUACUCAGGAACAGGAGGAUCAGCUGAGGCUGAGGCAGUAUCACAGGAUAUAUCAGCAGCAAAGGCAGAAGUUGUAUGGUUUUCUGAAGGAGCGUGAACUGGACAUCACUUGCCGAGAACGCCUUGCUCUUCUCAACCACACCUUCCAGAGUGAGAUAGCAAAGAUCAGAGGGGAUCCCAUGCUGUUAGACAAUGACAUUUUCUCCCUUCAGCCGAAGGAGGGUGAGAUCAGGCCGAACUGCUCUGCUGAAAUCAGCGUGUUCUUCACGCCCCAGGCAGCCCAGGUGUACGAGCGAACAGUUUACUGCGACAUCUCGGGCCGUGAGAACAGGCUGCCCCUGCUCCUCACAGGGGAAGGCCUUGGGCCCCAGGUCCAUUUCCACUUUGAGGAAAUGAACAUCAGGGAGGUUUCUGUCAGAGUAACCCACAGAUAUGAGGCAUACCUGAUCAACAAUGGGCCUAUUGAGGCUCCCUUCAAGCUCAUCCCUCCAACCACAGCCAUGGGCUCCUGCUUCACCUUCCUGCCCCAGGAGGGCAUCGUGGCACCAGAGAAGCUCCAGGUCAUCCGGGUCUCCUUCUGUCCCACCAUCCGGGGGGAGUUUGAGGAAGAAUUCCACUUCCAUGUGACCGAAUCCCCUAAGCCUGUGACCUUCACUGUCAGGGGCUCUGUGAUGGGACCCACUUUCCAUUUUGAUGUGCCUGCCCUGCACUUCGGUGACGUUGCCUUUGGUUUUCCUCGCACCUUGAAGUGUUGCCUGUUUAACACCUCCCUAACACCCAUGGGCUUCUUCCUCUACGUUCCUGGGGAUGGCGUGGGACUGCCCAGUAUUGACAGCUCUACUCAGAUAGUCAAACCCAGCAGCCAGGCUUGGAGGAGGGCAGCUCAAGUUGUGAGGAAGCCAAGGGAAUUUACCAUAAGUCCCUGCAGCGGGACCGUCCAUGCCCUGGGAUCCCAGGAUAUCAAGGUCACCCUGUGUCCCAACACUGUUGGGGAGUACAAGCUGGAGCUGGUGCUGGACGCGGAAGAUGUCGGCAAGAAGGCGUUUGCACUGCCCCUCACAGCCAGGUGCAUCGUUCCUUCAUUGCAAGUGCUCAACCCUGUCCUGGAACUGGGGCACUGCUGCUUGAAGGUCCGUUAUGAUGAGAAGGUGACCCUGGUGAAUGACAGCGACUUUCCUGCCUCCUACUGUGUUCUCACUCAGGAACACAAGAAGGAGGCUGCUCUGUGGUACUUCAGCCCUACACCCUCUGGCAUUAUCGAGGCUCACAGCUCGGUGGAGAUCCCAAUUGAACUCGAGGCCCAGUUGCUGGGACAGUGCAAGAUCACUGCUAAGCUGGCCGUGUUUGGGAGCGAAUCCCCACUGGAGAUCCGUCUGGAGUGCGUUUGCCAGGGCCCCGUUGUCUAUGUCCAUCCCAGGGAGAUAAACUUCGGCUCUAUCCCAGUCCUAGAAGAUCGUUCCAAAACUCUCCACCUUGCCAAUCAGUGUGAGAUUCCUGCAACCUUCCAGGUGGAGAUGGCUGGGAAACGUUCCUGCUGGAGGAUUGAGCCCAGCAAAGGAGUGGUCCCCCCUAAUUCUGAGGUGUCUGUGGCUGUCAUAGCAAACCUGAAUGACACAGUGAAAUUCCAGGAGAAGGUGAAGGUGUUCAUUCAGAACAACCCUGUGACCAUCAUCUCUCUCCAGGCUGUGGGCAUUGGCACCACAGUUGUCACAGACAAACCUCUCGUUCCGAAGCUCGACUUGAAGUCCUGCUUCAGCUUCAGUCCCUGCUUUUACCACUUCCAGCUGACCAACAGAGGCCGCCGCACGCAGCGGCUGUACUGGAGCACAGAAGGGUUCCGCACCUUCCGCCGCAGCUCCCGGGCCCCUGCCCCCGCUGCCACCAAGGGCCGAGGGGCUGCCCCCAUCCCCAGGCCUGGCAGCCCCGUGUUCAAGGUGCGGCCAGUGCAGGUGGACCUGAGGCCGGGCCAGACUGUGGACAUGGUGCUGGAAGGCUGCUCCAGCACUGUCCAGGAGGUGAAGGAGCGGCUGCUGUGUCACGCUGUGGUGGGGAAAGAGAUAACAAAGAAACAGAUCCUGCAAGUGGAUGUCAUCUGCAACUUCAUUUGCCCUGGAGUGCAAAUGUCCCCCAGAGCCAUCGCUUUCCGUGUGGAAAAGGGGAAGGAGGUCUAUGGCACUUGA